UAUGUUAUUACUAUAAUACUAUUUACUAUCUGUUCACUCUGUUUCGUACAAGUUUAGUGUUUUUCAUUUGAUAUUUGUUUUCGUUUAAUUUAUGUACUAACUUUGUAAAUUAUUUCAGUAAAAAUGAGAUUGGGCGAUAGAAACCGUGACAGGAGUCGCAGUCCGCUUAGAUCUCGGAAAAGUGGAUGUAAAAAAGUAUUUGUGUCAAACAUACCAUAUGAAUUUAAAUGGAAGGAGCUAAAAGAAUUGUUCAAAAAAGAAGUUGGCGACGUGUCUUUUGUAGUUGUAUAUUCAGAUGAAAAAGACAAAUCUAGAGGCUGUGGUACGGUUGAGUUUGACAGAGCAGAUUCAGCUCAAAGAGCGAUUGACAAGAUGCAUCGUUUUGAUAUAAAUGGAAGAAAAUUAGUAGUUAAGGAGGAUGAUAUUGAAAGAGAUAAGAGUGGACGUCCAAUACCAAAUGGACCUCGUAAUAGUGGUGGUGUUGGUAGUGGUGGUGGUGGUGGUGGUGUCGGCGGUGGUGGUGUUGGUGGUAAUAUCCCAACCAGUAUCAGAAGCGCUAGUAGAAUGCCUGUAUCAGAUGAUUUCCAAUGGGAUAAUACAUAUGGACUUUCACCUCAAUUUCUUGAAUCACUUAAUAUUCGUGGGCCACUCAUCAAUCGCAUUUUUGUUGCUAAUCUUGACUACAAAGUUGAUGAAAAAAAAUUAAAAGAGGUAUUUAAACUUGCUGGACGUGUAUUAGAAGUUGAAAUAUUUUCAGAUAAAGAAGGAAAAAGUAAAGGAUAUGGAGUAGUUGAAUAUAAUCAUCCAGUAGAAGCAGUUCAAGCUAUUUCUAUGUUCAACAAUCAGUUUUUAUUUGAACGCCCAAUGUCUAUACGUCUUGAUCGUACGGAUAAAGACCCAUUAGCAAGACUUCCUGAAGGCUUGAAAUCAAUAGGAAUGGGUUUAGGUGCAGGUGGAGCUCCAUUGCAUGAUGUUGAAAGAAAUCUCCCAUCAAAUAACACUUCACCUAACCAAUCUCAGUCAUUAUCUACACCUGUUAAUACAUCAGCUUUAGCUGUAUUAAGUGGAUUGAGUGCUGAUAGAUUAGGCAUUGAGACUCAAAAUCGACGUUCUCUUGGUGGAGUUAACGGACUGGGAAAUUUAAGUGCUAGUGAUUUGGGCAUUGGAACAAGUCUAGGGGCUGCUUUUGGAUCUGGUAUGAAUACCAGUGGAGCUGGAUCAAUGAAUAGUUCUUCACUACAUCAAAACUCCCUUGGUGGUCGUGAUUUUGAUUCUUUAUCACUUGGUGUACGAAAUUCAAGUAGCGGUGGUGGUGCUUUUGCUGCAGACUUUAGAUCCGGAUUGGGUGGAGGUGAUAUGCAUAUGGGUAUGGGUCCAAAAAAAUCUGAUACGAUCAUGGUAAAAAAUUUACCAUCAAAUACAACAUGGCAAAGUUUAAAAGAUUACUUCCGUGACUGUGGAGACAUUAAAUUUUCUGAGGUUGGAAGUAAAGGAUUUGGAAUUAUUCGAUUUGCAUCAGAGUGGGAUGCUGAAAGAGCAAUAACUUUAAAAAAUUUAUCAAGAUUUGAUGGUCAUCUUAUUGAAGUAGUAUAUUUCUAACUACAAGUG